UCUGUGCAGUGCACUACUGUGCAGUUGACAAACCUUUAUUGACUAAAAUCCACCUAAAAUCAAAAUAAAAUCAAAGGCAAAUAAUAAUCAAUAAAUAAAUACCAGAUAAAACGUACAAACCUAAGAACUUAAUAAAAUUCAAGAAAUAGUGUACCUAUUGUUUUGUAUUUAACUCUUCAAUUUUGUGCAGUAAAGUUCGAUAACAAUAUAAUACGACAUAGUAACAUACAAAGUGCACAACUCCAGGUUCUAUUUUUCAUAAAAGCGAACUAAAAAGCAGUCAAAGUGGCAGGCGGUGCGAUGUGGCCGGAGGGGAGCAGUGGGAAGAGCUCGAGCGAGUCUGCAAAACAGCAAGAAGCCAUCUUCAAUGAGCUCAUGCAGGAGUGCAAAUACAGUGCGCCGGGGGCUCGACUCUCAGCCCGACUGCGCACUGCGCUCGAAAGGAUGAAGCCGGAGCAGCGGCGCGCCGUGUGCGACCGCAAGCGUGACGGGUGCGCGCCUCUGUUCGUGGCGUGCCGCCGCGGCAACGUCGAGAUCGCGGAGUACCUCGUGCACGUGUGUGCCUGCGACAUGGAGCUGCGCGGCCUGUACGAGGUGCCCGACGAGCGUUCCGUGCACACCGUCACGCCGCUGUGGGCCGCCGCAGUCUCCGGCAGCCUGGAGGCCGUCAAGGUGCUCGCCGAAGCCGGCGCCGACAUCAACGCGGCCAGCGACAGUGGCUCCACGCCCGUGCGUUCCGCUUGUUUCAUGACGCACUUGCCCGUCGUGCGAUACCUCGUGCAGUGCGGCGCCGACAUCCACCGCCCCAACCACAACGGCGGCACCUGCCUCAUCAACUCGGUGCAGUCGGUCCGGCUGUGCGCCUUCCUGCUGGAGCACGGCGCCGCGGUGGACGCCCGCGACACUCAGCACAAGACAGUGCUACACUACGCCAUCCAGGAGCACCGCCUCGAGACCGUCCGCCUGCUGCUGGAGCACGGCGCCGACCCGCUGCUGACGUCGCGCGCCGGGGACGACGCCCUGCGCACCGCCUGCCUCAAGGGCGCGGCGCAGGUGGUGCGGUUGCUGACGUCGCGCGUGUCCUACGAGCGCGAGCGGCUGGCCGACGCGCACGAGCUGCUGGGCGCCACGCUGCUGGACGAGUUCAACGACGUGGGCGGCGCGCUGGCGGCGUGGCGGCGCGGCACGGCGCUGCGGCACNGGAGUGCGGCGGGGGGCGCGUCGCCCGCGCUGCGUGCGGCACUGCGCGGCGCUCGCGAGUGGCGCACGCCGGCCGACCUGCAGGCGCUGAUGCACGACGUGGACGCGCUGCGGACGCAGGCGCUGCUGGUGACCACUAGGAUCCUCGGCCCUCACCAUAAGGACACCAUCUUCCGGCUCAUGUACAGGGGCGCGUCGUACGCGGACUCGUUCCAGUACGACCGGUGCAUCGAGCUGUGGACCUGGGCCCUGCAGCUGCGCGUGGAGAAGGAGUCCGUGCUGUCCGCCGACACCUGCCAGGCCGCCUGCGCCCUCACGCGCCUGCUGCUGGACGCCGCCGCCGCCCGCCUGGAGCGCCCGCCCCCGCCGCCCGCCUUCUCCAGCGUGCUGGCCGCGUACUGCCUGCUGGCCGACGACCUGCCGCGCUGCCGCCAGCUGCUGGACGUGCGGCCCUCCUUCAAGGCGCAGGCCGAGUCGUUCGACCGCGCGCUGCGCUGCGUGACGCACCUGCUGUACCUGCUGCAGCAGGCGGCGCGCACGGAGGCGGAGCGCGCGGAGCUGGCGCGGCGGGUGCGCGCGCUGGUGGAGUGCGACGUGCGGAGCGCGCACACGGGCGACACGCUGCUGCACCUGUGCGUGUCGCGGCUCAACGUGGUCCGCAGCACGUACUUCGGGGAGGAGGCGGGCGGGGGCGGCGCGGGCGCGGGGGGCGCGUUCCCGAGCGCGGCGGUGGCGCGGCUGCUGCUGCAGUGCGGCGCGGACGCGGGCACGCGCAACGAGGCGCGCUCCACGGCGCUGCACGUGGCCGCCAUCCCGUACAACUUCUCGACGGAGCUGGUGGAGGCGCUGCUGGAGGGCGGCGCGCACCUGGACCAGCCCAACAAGUUCGGGGACAGCGCGCUGGAGCUGGUGGCGCUGAACCGCGGGUCGCGCGUGCGGCCGCUGCGCCACGUGACGCUGGCGUGCCGCGCCGCGCGCGUGCUGCUGGCCGCGUGCCGCGCCGCGCGCCGCCCGCCGCCCUACCGCGCGCUGCCGCACACGCUGCGGGACUUCCUGCGCCUGCACGAGCCCUAGGGCCCGACCUCGCCCGCUCUCACUAUUGUACUUUGUAAUGCUCAAAUUAUUUUAUUGCCCUCCUUCGGUCGCUCCGACGAGUCACUGUACGGACCAGCACCGCUUGUAUGCUUUUGUAAAUAAAACUAUCUUAGUUAAUUCUUCUAAUAAAUAGUUAAUAUAUGUAACGUAAAUUGAUAUUAGAUAAUUAUAUUAUUAUAUAACUCUCAUUAAGUGUACGCUAGUGAGCGAGACGCGUGUCAUUUGUCAAAACAUGUUUUAAAAUAUUUAUUUAGUAAAUAAAUUUCAUCGACUUUCACUGAUUUGUUUCAGAAUGUUGUACUAAAUUAUUAGAAUGGGAUUGUUUUACGGUAGCGAUAUUAGUCAGCCAUUAUUGGCUCGCGGUAAUGAUAAAGAAGACACGGUAGGUAUAGUUGUCCGAUGCGGCGUGACGUCACGGCGCCGCUCACAGAUCUUUCAAUAAAUGGCACAUGUUUA